AUGGGUGCUCAACCCUCAAUACCCCGGGAUACAUCCCGCAAAUUGGAGGUCAUAGACAUGGGCUAUGCACGAACUGCCACCAUGUCUUUCGCAAUGGCCUUUGAGGAAUUACUUGAUGGACCAGCGAUGCAUGGAGGCACACAGAUGUUCAACCGAGAGGAUGCAUACUGCAGGAAACUUAGCUUGCUGUAUAAAUACCGCCGCGAAGGAGAUCGGGUGAGACUGAUGAAAACGCUACAGGAGGUUAUUGGGGGCUUCGUUGGCUGUGCUGACUGCCCCAUGAUUCACUUUCUGCCUGAGCUCAUGGAGCUCUAUCCGGAUGCUAAAGUGGUUCUCGUCACGAGAGAUCGUGAAAGCUGGUGGAAGUCAUUCAGUGUAUUUGGGGAUGAGACGGCCAAAAGCGCGGUGGCGACUUUCUUCCUCCAGAUCCUCCUGUUUCCCAUACCUGGCGCUCGAUGGUUUCCUUCAAUAGUGAAGGGAUUCGAAGAAGAUUUGUGGAGAGUUCAUGGUCUUGAGUCACAGGAUGGGCUCUUCUUGGAGAAGCACAAUGCUUGGGUCAGGCAACAGGUGCCUAAAGAUAAACUCUUGGAAAUGGACCUGGCUGCUGGCUGGGAGCCACUUUGCAGGUUUCUUGGAAAGCCAGUCCCCACAAAACCAUUCCCUCGAGCAAACGAUAGGGAAGCUAGAGACAGAUUCAUGCGAUACAAAGUCGCCCAAGCAAGCGUAGCCUGGAUCGGCAUCUUGUCGACAGUAGCUUUUGCUGGGCACAGUGCAUGGAGGUUCUGGAGAAGAUAG